UGCAGCCGAGCUGGUAAUCAGUGCCGUUUCCGCGGCAGUGGCGGUCACCACGCGGCAGAUUACGCAGAUUACACCCGAUUACAUUUGUACUCCACCGCACUGACGGUCACCGGUUCUUUUCCGGGAAGAUCACCGGUACGCUCCCGCCUUAUCCCCUCCGUCGCGUAACAUAAGCUGGAGUACGCGCUUGACCAUCCCCGUGAACCAUCGCGGGGUCCAUCGUGCCGACGUCAUCGGGGUACGAAGAAUCCGAAUAUUUCGACAAAACUUCUGGAGUGUUAAAGGAGAUUGUAUAUAUCGAACGACGCCAGCGUUCAGUACUCUCGAAUGCGCGAAAGAAUGUUGAUGGCAGCGACGGCCGACGGACUUUUAAUCCGUUGACGUCAAAAAAUCAAUAUUUGAUUCUUCUUGAGCUACCCUUUUAAAGAUCAAGUUCGUCGAUGAGUAAUAAUGACAUUGUUCGCAAAGAAUGACACUUGUAAUCUAAUGGUGGAAUGGACAGAGUAUCAAAGUGUAUCGUAUGUACGUAGCACGUCGUGAAGAGGAACCUGAAGAAAUGUGUGUCAUAAAAUACCUUUCAGAUUAUUAACGGAAAGUACACACAUGGCGGCUUAGAAUAAUCAAUGAUAUUUAUACGGUAGAAAUAUAACAUGACAAUAGAAAUUGUCGACGUAAAAUUGACUCACGUAACGUUAUUUUUAACAGAAACGAGUAUCACACAGCGCAAAUAUUAUCCCGCAUAUUUGAUUUAAAAUAGUGUGGUUCAAAUGUUUUUAUACACCCUCAUUAAGCGCUACCCGAAAAAAGACCAUAAAGUAUCGUGAAAAGAAAGUUGCCGUAUAAGAAUAUCGGGGCUAAAGAUCGAUCGGGAUGCGAAAGAUAUAAAAGUUAAGAAACAAGAAAAGUUGGGUCAUCAUGUUGAUAUCCUAAAAACACUCUUCUGACUUUAAUGGGGGAAUCCGCUCGUGUCGGCUGGGUCAUUCCGCGGCGAUGCGGCGGAUUCCAAGAAUAACGGAGCACCGGACUUGUUGAGGCGACGGACUAUCUAGAAAGCAUCUUUGAUUUUACCGAAGAGAUUCGCCGGAAUCGCGAUGUAACUGAUCGUCGCCCGAAAGUGCCGCGUGACUCGAUCACGUCAACACGCCAGAUUAAUUUGGUUGAUCGUUCUUUAACGGAUAUUCGCGAAAAACUAAUGCAGCGAUCGUCAGCUGGCAUUUUGAAUCGCGGUGCUACUUGCUCGGAAUUCCGUUAGAAGUUACGGUGAACUCUGCAGGAUGGAACUUAGACAGUAAUUGGACGAUCUUUUCAAUUACAUCUUCGAAUGACUUCGGAGUAUAGAUGCAAUAAAAUCGCGGAUAUUCCGCGGUUGUAUUAUCAAACUUGCGAGACGUAAAAUCUCGAGGAACUGUACGUUAAGAUCAGCAUGAGCAACGGCGAAGGAGUGGUGACAGGCCCGGGUUCCGGCAACGAUCGUCUGUGCGAGGACGUUGACAUGGCUACCCCGACGUCAGCGUCUUCGAAUCUGAAACCGCGAAGCGGCAAGAUAAGUUUCAGUGUCGACGCCUUGCUGAGCGGCACGAAGAAGAGUGUCAUCAGUGGCGGUGCAUUCGCGGCCAGGCGAGACAACGAUGACAGAAUGGACGCGGAAAAGAAUCUCGAGAUGGAGACUAGAUAUCGAGAACUGUUAAUGGAACAGCAGAGGCUUCAGAGUAGAGAAUUGCUCGCCAGGCUGAGUCCUCACGGGCUCGCCGCUUUCGGCAAUCAUCACCAUCAUCAUCCGAGCAGACUCGAUCAGGAUCACCCACCCGUUCGCCAUGAGAUGCUCACGGUGAAGGAUUUCUCCAGGACGAGCCACGAUAAAUCGUCUUCACCCAUCAGAAUAGAUCAAGAGAUUCCAAAGGAUCGCGACGAUCAUCGACUGACGACUAACUCGCCGAACGCGAUUGGCGAGACGAUACUUCAGCGAGAACAGGAGCGCAUUCAGGAAGACGAUGAGAGGAUCGACAGGAUCACGAAUCCGAGAUCCGUAUCACCCGCAAGCAGACGAGAGAUCCUAGACGAUCGUAGCGAUUCCGAAGCGAAUCGCUCGCUGGAAGGAGACCGAACGACGGAUCAUCUGGAUCUCGAGGAUCAUGAAAUAAGAAGCGUCGGCCAGUCUGAGGACCUGAACGUGAUGGACUCGGAUUGCGAAUUGGAGAGGGAUCUGGAGGCCAGCCAAGAGAAGGAGGAGAAGUCCAGUCCGGUAGUGCCUCAGCCGAUUCAUCCCGGAGUGCAAAGGCCUUCGCAAGGGCCACCAUAUCUUGCCGGAGCACCCGGCGCUCCCGGUUGGAACCCCGCGGGAUUUCCACAUUCUCUCGCGGGGUUCGCGUGGUUACCCCCACCCCCACAUCCGCACAAUCCUCAUGGACAUCUUUACACACCGCACGGCGGGCCCACUAGUCCAAACGGGGACUUAAGAUUACCGGGGCCUGGACCAGGCCCGGUCAGAUGCACUCUCAGAAAGCACAAGCCAAACCGAAAGCCAAGAACGCCGUUCACGACGCAGCAGCUGUUAUCGCUCGAGAAAAAAUUUCGCGAGAAACAGUACCUGACGAUAGCCGAAAGAGCAGAGUUCUCGUCGUCUCUCCAUCUUACGGAAACACAGGUGAAGAUCUGGUUUCAAAAUCGAAGAGCUAAGGCGAAGAGGCUUCAGGAGGCGGAAAUAGAGAAACUAAGACUAUCCGCGAGGCCCCUUCUGCAUCCCAGUUUCGGAUCGGGACUCAUGUUUUCUGGGGUGGGCCCGCCUGGUACCCCAGGAGUGCCUCCCUUCAUUGCAGCUGCCAUGGCUAGGCAUACUCAUGCCGCGGCGGCAGCGGCCAUGUUCAUGGGACCGCCGGGGCACCGACCUUAAUAAUCGAAGAACAGCAAUGCCAUUAAACUAGAUGGACGAUCGACACGCGGCAUCUCGAUCAUUCUUUUCCUCUCUUGAAGGGGUAUCGAAUAGAAAGAGGGAGGUCUGGACAAGAUAGAGCUGAAGAAGGGGAGAGAAAGAGGGGGAGACGGUAUCGUUUCGAGUUCGCUCGAAGCGUCGCGAGUAGCUGCCAACGACUCGAGAAACAGAGGCCAGGUGCAAAGUGACUCUGGUAGAGUUCCUUGAAGAGGAAGAGGGAGGAUGCGACCGGAGUAGUAAGACGGCGAAAGAAAGACAGCAAGAUCGGGGAAGGAGGGCAAACAGAGUUCUCGCUCUCGCUAUGUCGGACAGAAGUUUCUUGGAACACAAUCGCACAUAAUACAUAUGCAGCAGUCUUGGUGAAGUCCGGUACCAGGUUUAGUCCUGGCGAAUGAGUGUCCUC